UGUAAUCAUAAAUCAACCCUAUUAGAAUCGAAAGGAGGUGAAAAAUCCAAAACACAAGAGUCCGAGUUACUUGCGCAGUGGUAGAAAUCCACAAACUGUGUUCGCAUGAGUGCAUGACUUUGAUCUUCCACGCACUCUCACUAUACACAGAUUGUAGAUACAUAUACCCAACACAGAGACCGAGCAGAACAAAUACAGAUCUCCCCCUCCCCUGUUUUACUCGCAUCCAACUUUUGCAGAGAAGAUUGGGAGAUGGGUAAAGCUUCCGUCUUCCUCUACAUCACAAUCGCCGUCCUCCUUUUGUUCCUCAUCUCCCAUUCUCCCAACAAGGGCAAGACCGGCCGCCGGCACCGUCGCCUCAAGCUCCGCUCCAACUUCACCUUCUCUCCGCCCACCGACGGCGCCCACCACCACGACCCCAUCCCAUUCGACCCCCUCGUCGCCUACAUCGAACGCAAGCGAGAGGACAAACAAUGGGAGAAGAUGUAUAUAGAGUCCCACCACCCUGAGCUCAAGACUCAAGUCGAGCACGCCCCCGGCGAGCAGGGCCAACCGGAGUGGGAGGACUUCAUGGAUGCCGAAGAUUAUCUCAAUGACGAAGAGAAGUUCAAUGUCACGAAUCGGCUUGUCCUGCUCUUCCCAAAGAUUGACAUUGACCCGCCGGAUGGGUAUGUGAGUGAGCACGAGUUGACUCAGUGGAAUUUGGAGCAGAGCAGGAAGGAUGUGCUGCACCGGACGGAGAGGGAGAUGGAGGUUCACGACAAGAAUCGCGACGGGUUUGUCUCUUUUGCUGAGUAUGAACCCCCCUCGUGGGUGCAAAAAUCCGAAAGCAAAUCAGGUGGAUAUGACAUGAGCUGGUGGAAAGAAGAGCACUUUUAUGCAUCAGAUAUGGAUGGAGAUGGUCUAUUGAAUCUCACUGAAUUCAAUGACUUUCUGCACCCUGCAGACACCACCAACCCAAAGCUACUACUAUGGCUGUGCCAGGAAGAGAUAAGGGAGAGAGAUAGUGACAAAGACGGAAAAGUUAACUUCAAUGAGUUUUUCCACGGGCUUUUUGACUUGGUAAGAAACUACGAUGAAGAUGGUCACAAUGCUUCACACCAUUCUGAAGACUCAGAAAGAACGCCAGCAAAAAAGUUGUUUGAUGAGCUUGAUAAAGAUGGCGAUGGAUAUUUGUCUGAUGUGGAAUUACUACCUAUAAUCGGAAAACUUCAUCCUUCAGAGCGUUACUAUGCUAAACAACAGGCUGAGUACAUCAUACAACAGGCAGACUCUGACAAAGAUGGACGUCUGACUUUGUCAGAGAUGAUUGAGAGCCCAUAUGUGUUCUAUAGUGCGAUUUUCAAUGAAGAUGAAGAUGAUGACUAUGAAGAGUACCAUGAUGAAUUCCGUUAGCUUGGAUCUAUGUGGCAGUAAUUUGAUGUUCCGAGUCUCCAUCACUGGAUGGUGUUUAUGAUACUUUUAUUAAAAAGUAGAAAGGUGUUCUAUAGCAUCCCAAAUGCAGCAGGCCUCAGCUGGUGAUUUUGGUAGUCAUUUAUUUAUAUGCUACAGAAAUCAUUCCUCGUGCUUUCUUUUGCAGUUUCAGACUGUUCAAUUUUUGGAUUGUUUAGAGAUAAGUAGGGAAAAUUAAAUCAUUGAUGGGGGUAGGUUAGUAAUUUUAAAUUAACUUGUGGCUUUACAGUUGCCUCAUUCACUUUGCAAAUUGCAGUUCAUUGCUAGAACCUGUUUAAUUUCAUAGAAAAUCAAUUUGUAAAUUUAUAAUAAAGUAUGAUUUUUUCACCUGUUUGAAUUAAGACACUACGGAAA